AUGGCAGCCCCUGCCCCCGAAUACCUGCGCUUUACAUCUCACAAAUCCUUAACUCACCGCCUUGUCCUCUCGACAUUGACUGGCCGGCCUGUAGCCAUCUCCAACAUCCGGUCUUCUUCACCAACCAACCCAGGUCUCGCGCCACAUGAGAUUUCCUUUCUCCGGCUCCUAGACAGCAUCACCAAUGGCACAACAAUGCAGAUCUCGUACACGGGUACAAAACUCAUAUACAAUCCCGGAUUGAUAACGGGCAGCAUAUCAACUGGGGGCUCAGAUGUGGUGAAGUGCGUCUUGCCAGAUACCUGCCGGCGCGGCGUGAGCUGGUUCCUUCUGCCUCUUUGCAUGCUGGCACCGUUCUCGAAAGCACCGAUAAACGUACGAUUUGAAGGGGAGGGUGUCAUAACCAGUGCCACUGAGACCGGCGACGUGAGCGUCGAUACACUACGAACCGCUAUCCUGCCUCUAUACGAGACCUUCGGCGUCAUGGCCAGCAAACUCGAGCUCCGGGUCCUACAGCGAUCAUGUACAGGCGCAGGAGGCAAAGGUGGUGGAGGCAUAGUCGAGCUACGAUUUGGAAGCCAGAUCAGAUUACCCAAGACGCUGCAUAUGAACCGAAGUCCAGGGCGUGUAAAGAGGGUACGGGGAGUCGCAUACUGCACUGGUGUUUCUGCGAGUAAUAACGCAAGAAUGAUUCAUGCCGCAAGAGGUGUGCUAAAUCCGCUGGUCAGUGACAUACAUGUGGCUGCUCAGUAUGACCAGGCGCCGUUAGUGUCGAGUGGUGAUCGCUCGAAUCCUGGCGGAAAGAAGAGGACGGGAAUUGGAUUUGGAUUAAGCCUGAUUGCGGAGACGAGCGCACAGGGUGUCAUAUAUUCGGCGGAUGUUCCUGCGCCCAGCGAGGGAGGUGUUACGCCAGAGGACGUGGGUAAGCAAUGUGCCUACCAGUUGCUGGAGGUUAUUUCACAAGGAGGCUGCUUCACGAGAGUCGGAGCGCCGACAAUACUGACGCUGAUGGCUAUGGGUUCUGAAGACGUGGGUAGAGUCAGGCUGGGGAGGGACGUCGUGGGAACUGAAGACUUUGUAGGACUGGGAAGGGACUUGAAGAAGUUUGGUGCGAGUAGUUGGGGCUUGAGGGAUGCUGAAGAGGAUGAGACUGGGGAUAUAAUUGUAAGUAUCAAAGGAGCUGGCGUAGGGAAUGUAGGCAGGAAGAUAACAUAA